AUGCCUCCGACAAUUAUCCCAAAGGCCCUACCCCCCAAUGCCAAAAUCGCCUUUGUCUCGCCGUCCUCCCGCAUCAACAACCUCAUACCCACAGUCGUCGCCCGCUCCAUAGCCCUCCUCGAGUCCCUCGGCUACUCCGUCACAGCUUUCUUCGUCAACGAAGGCGAAGAUGCCGACCUGGUCUCAACCGACGGCGAGCCGGUCGUCGCCUGCAUCAGGAACCGCCUGGCCGAGCUCCGCGCCGCCUUCAGCGACUCCUCCAUCGACGCCGUCUUCUGCACCGUCGGCGGGUCUACCAUGACGGAGCUCAUUCCCUACCUGGUCCAAGACACGGAGCUCCACGAGCUGGUCAAGAGGAACCCCAAGAUCGUCGUCGGAUACUCCGACAUCACGGUGCUGCACUGGUCUCUCCACGCCCUGACCGGCCUACGGACGUUCUACGGUCCUUGCCCAGUGACAGAGCUCGGCGAGGCCGUCAGAUCGACUCCCGAAUCCAUCGCCGCCUUCCCUGACGUUGGGAAAAUGCACAGCACAGAAGGAGCAGAUGACGACGGCUACCUCCAGGACUUCCACCUCGCAAGCCUCCUCGCCGCAACCUCCCACCCAGACAGACUCUUCGGCCCCGUUCCCCGCUCAAGGGUGUACGCCCCGCUGCUACCGCCCUACUUCCUCUCCUCCUCCUCCUCCUCCUCAUCAUCAUCCUCCUCAUCCUCCUCCCAGGCCGCAAAAGCACCAGCACCCCGGCACGUCCUCCCCUCCCCCGCCUGGACCUGGCUCCGCCCGGGGCGCGCGGAGGGCCGGCUCUUUGGCGGCUGUCUGACCGUCGUGGCGCGCAUCCAGGGCAUCCCGCAGAUAUCCCCGGACUGGAGCGGCAGGAUCCUCUUCCUCGAGUCCGCCAUGGCCGAAGGCGACCUGACCAAGGGGAGCCCGCUGGGCAAGGUCAGACAGGCCGUCGCAGACCUGGCUGCCCGGGGCGUGUUUGACGAGAUCGCCGGCCUGGUGAUCGGGCGGCCCUACGGGUACGACUCCGCCCAGGCCAGGGAGGAGUAUGCGGCCGUGUUCAAGGGGCUGCUCUGCCAUGGCCGUCUGGCCGCGAAGAGGUUUCCCAUCCUGAUGAAUGUGGAUUUCGGGCACACUGCGCCGAUGGUCACGUUGCCCAUGGACGCCGCGGCGGUGCUGGACUCGGACAAGGACGAAUUUGCCGUAACGGAGGCUGUCGUUGCCUAG